CGCGCGAGACUGAACAGUCCAGUGCAUGUGAUAAGUUAAUGUGAUAUUCUGGUAAAAAGAUUAUAUCUGUGCAACUGAAAGUAACAAAAAAAGCUUCAAAGUCUUUUUCUGAAACGCUCAAAAUAUUCGUCUAUGUCUAUAAAAUAACUUGUAAACAAUGAUCGCCGGAUAAAACCUUCGGAACCUUACUCGGGUCCACGACCUUAACAAUAUAUACCAAGCUCAAGGUCAUCGGAAGCUGCUCCCCUUUUCUGCAGUUUUACCCAAGCAAUAUAAUAGGUGAGUGAACAUGAUGAUCAAGCAGUUCCCGAAGUACGAGCUUCUCUCAAAAGAAAAAACGGAGGAAAUGCUGAAAGUCUUCAAAGGUGAACGAACUGGCUGGGUACUCGUUGGCCCGAAUAAGUACUUUUUCCCGUACAAAUACACAGACCAAGGUUCCAGCUUCUACAAUUUCAAAGCUAGACCAGACGACACCUGGGUUAUGAGCUACCCGAGAUCAGGUACUACAAUGACACAAGAGCUGGUAUGGUUGCUAUCAAACAACUUGGACUUUGAUACGGCACGUGCAGAAUUACUUGCCAAGAGAUUUUCUUUUCUCGAAUUCAGCAUGUUCAAUCAUCCAGAAGUGACGAGCGAAUUUCUGGAGAUAAACAAGGGCGAUGAGGCAAAGCAGCAAUUGUGCCGCGAAAUAGCCAAACCCGGCUACGAGGUCAUCGCGGCGAAUCCGUCGCCCAGAUUCAUCAAAUCCCAUUUUCCCUUCAGUUUGCUUCCCGACAUAAUCGAUGUCGGUUGUAAGGUUGUCUACGUGGCUCGUAAUCCGAAAGACGUUGCUGUGUCGUGGUACCAUUUGAACAGGUCUAUGAAAACACAAGGAUUUACCGGAGACUUCGCAAUGUUUUGGUCAUACUUCAAGAAUGAUCUCACGCCAUGGAGUCCGUACUGGGCUCAUCUGAAAGAAGCAUGGGCCCUGAAGGAUCAUCCGAAUUUUCUAUUUUUGUUCUACGAGGACAUGACGCGCGAUUUUCGAAAGAUAAUAAAACAGGUGGCGACGUUUUUAGGCAAAACGUAUACCGAUGAACAAAUUGACAAAGUGGCCGAUUAUUUGAAUAUCGAAAACUUCAAGAACAAUCCAAUGGUUAAUCAAAAUGAUUUAAAAGCUUGCGGUAUUAUGCAAGCACAAAAUUUCGUUAGAAAAGGCGGUAGUGGUGGGUGGAAAGAACAUUUUACUAAGGAACUGAAUGAGGAAGCAAACAAGUGGAUAGAGGAGAAUCUGAAAGAUACCGACUUGCGUUUUUCAACAAAGUUUUCGACAUUGGCAAAUAUCGACGUUUGAAUAAGCUAAAUAUUUUAUACUUAUGCAUAUAUACGUACCACGUAUUUUCUUAAAGAUAUAAACAUUCUUUUAUUCUAC